GGCGCGUGGGGGCGGGGCUAAUGCGCGCAUCGAUCACCGAUCAGCUCCGGUCGACCCGGAUGACCUCCAGGCAGCGACGCUGCGCAGAGUGACGCUCGUCUGAGGCCAAAUGAGCGAUGCCAGGAGUGACCAAGUAUAAUUUGGUGGACGACUGCCUGGAUCUGAGGGUCCCCAUGCAUAACGAGGAGGUGUUCCAGCAUGGAGUCUGCUUCCAGGCAAAGUACAUCGGCAGCUCGGAAGUGGCUCGUCCUGGCAGCCGCGUGGAAAUAGUCGCCGCGAUGAGAAGAAUCAGAUACGAAUUCAAGCUAAAGAACAUCAAGAAAAAGAAGGUCGACAUUGUUGUUUCCACGGACUUUGUCAAAGUGAUCUUGAGAAAAAAGAAGCAAAAAGGCCGGACACGGGACGAGAACACGAUCAUGGUGACGCAGGAUCCCAUAUUCAGGAUUUUUUAUGUCUCACAUGACGCGCAAGACCUAAAGAUCUUCAGUUACAUAGCACGGGAUGGAGACGGCGAUAGCUUCCGCUGCAAUGUCUUCAAGUCCAAGAGGAAGUCACAGGCCAUGCGGAUUGUGCGGACAGUAGGUCAGGCGUUUGACGUGUGUCAUCAGCUGACCCUGCAGAAGAAAACGGACGACGACCGGGAGGAUGAAGACGGGAAGGAGAAGGAGCCCGGAGCAGUGGCAGAGGAGACCGACCUUGAAGCCACAACAGAGGAGAGUAUAGAGUGCAACACUUCAUCAGACAUGGAGAGGAACAAAAAGGACAUCGGAACUAAUGGGACGGUAGACACGGGCUCCAGUGGCGGCUCGCUUCUGCUCAACUCCCCGGCCGGCAAAGCUUCCGCCGCAGAGGGCCCCGGCGCUUCGGGCCACCACGUCCAACUUUUGCAAAAACAGUUAGCGCAGCAGGAGCAGCAGGCGCUGGCGGCGUCAGCUCAGGUGCACGCGCUGCGGGGCCAGCUGUCUGCGGAGGCGUGCGCUCGAAGCGAGGCCCAGACGAGAGUUCAGAAGCUGCUGCAGCAGAACACCGACUUGCUGCAGCACAUUUCCCUGCUGGUCAAACAGAUCCAGGAACUGGAGCUCAAAGCUGGCGGACUUGAUUUAGCAUCCAGGGGCUCCCAGGACAGUCUUCUGGAGAUCACUUUUCGUGCACGACCCCCCAGCACGCCCAGCGAACCGCUCACCCCGUCUCCCCCGACAGGCCCAGUAGCCUCUCUGUCCCAGCAGCACCUGACCAGCGACAGCUCUUCAAGCGGCGGCAACGCGAUGCGUCUGGAGCGCUUCCGGUUCUCCUCGCGAGUUCCGGACGGCCGGGAGCGAGGCCGAGGAACGGGCCAGACGCCCGACGACGGAGCUCCGUCGGGCGAGGAGGUCCUGGGAGCUCUGGAGCUGCUCCGCUUCAGGGAAUCGGGAAUCGGAUCGGAGAACGAAUCCAACACGGACGAGAGCGACGACCGGGACAGUUGGGGGCUCGGGGAGGGGGACGGUGCCGCUCGACUCUUCCGCGUGUUGAAUACCGAGAGCUUGCCGGACUGCCUAGGGGAUGAAAUGGCUGUGUAGAAGCGCCGUUCUCGACAUCGCACUCAUGCGUCGUCGUGCCGAUGCGGAAAUCAUCAAGGUAGUGCAUCACAAAAAACAAAUCGCUCGAGAUGAGAGUCAAGUUGGGAUGUUUCACGUUUGGUGCGCAAGAAAAGACGUCGCGCUUUCAGUGGCUCCCGAAAUGUCUACGCUCGUGAAUGUGACGGCAAGCCAGGCUUGAAAUAACAAUCGUAACGCACACGUGCACGUUCCAUCAUAAAUGUCAUAUAGGUAUCGAGAAUGACACUGUUCAAAGCCAAUGCUACUGCUAAUGUAAAAACAAAUGUUGUGCGUUAUCUUUUUAAGUUGACGAUUGUAUCCACAUUUGGCUUGAACAUUCAACGCUCAUCUUGCACUUUCCCGCCGGACAGUUGAAUAAAACAUCUGUACGUGUGGAAGAAAAUCCCAACCUAAAGUUUGGACACACUUGCACAGCCGGCCGGCGAUGAAUGACAAGGAGCGCCCAAACCUUUGACCUUUGACCUGGGGUGAGGCUUUCAUUAAUGGGGAGGCCUUCAUUUGGACAAAUGCCUUUAUAUUUGGAUGGGCGUCAUGGUUACAGGCAAUUGAUUUUUCCGAGUGGCUCCAGCUGUUUUUUUUUUUGUUUUUUUUUGUUCCUGAAGGGGAAAAGGAGACAUUGUUCUGUGGUGUGGCGUUUUUACGAUCAAACGAGCAGCCGAUGAUUAAUUGAGGCACGCUCUAUUGGAAUUCUCAGACAUGUUGGCUGCAUAGAUUGUUUUGCUUGUAGCGCUUACCAUUUUGAAAAAGAGAUGAAAAUGAUUCUCUGUAAUUCGGAAAACCAAAGCCGAGAUUCUGAGAUUCUGCAUCCGAGUCGUCCAGCUUUACAACGCUGAUGGCAAAGUGCAAAUUGUGUCGCGAAUUCUGUGUGUAUGUUCAAUAGUGUACGUGCGUUUAUUCGUGGUGAACAGGUUAUCCUCCCCGCCUUGGCGACAUCACUGCGCUCCAUGCUUGUUGCCAUAGCAACCAUACUGUGGUUAUAACUGUGUAAUACAGUGCGUGCGACACAUCCGGCGAGGAAAUGAUUGUCCGUGUUUCUUCAAGGUUAGAAAAGGGGGAAUAGCGUUCUGUCUGCUCUUGACAUGCAACACUGGGCUUGGGUCUACUUACACGAGUCUGGUUUGUUGAUUUUGCGGCAUGAGUUUAAUAUGAAUGUAUCCACGAGGGGCAACAUCAAACUUCGUGUCUGCUUUAUAGCCCCCAUGUUGAGUAUUAUCGAUGAAGUCCGUUUUGCAGUAGGGCUACUGUUGCGCCCCACAGGAACCCUUUUGGAGAGGCAUAAAAACAAAUCCGUGCCUUCCAAUUCGUCUGGCCGAGCGAGCGUCACUCCGGUUUUGGCAUGCGCGACUGCAAGCCAGCAGUCGUCGUUCAGUUCUUCCCCAUGGCCUCUUCUCUCCAUCUUCUUUGUCUUGGCCAUUUUUCCCCGAUGCUCAAUUACUGCUGGAGUCCUCA